AGCUCUGCGCUCGCAAAUGAACUCGAGCUGCUGACUUUACGUAGUUAGAGGAACUGAGCCUGGCAUUGCUAAUUGGACACCAUUUCAUGGCUUAAAAUUGUCUUUUUCUUUCAUCAUAUUUUUCUUCAGAAGUCAUGAUCUUCAACAUGAUCAGAGGGCCUCGCGCUGCCUUUGGCACUUUAAUAGAAUACUGCGCUGUUUUCAGAUUUGAGAUGAUUGAUGCUGCCAGGAACAGAGUGCGUGUGAAGGCCUGCUAUGUCAUGAUGGCACUGACCAUCCUGGCGUGCCUCGCCACGGCUGUGUCUGGCAAACAGGCGGCGAGUCGGAAUGAAAAUCUGACCUCUCGUAACAUGGAGAAGAAGGCUCGAUGGAGAGAGGAGGCACAGAAAGAAAAGGAGGUGGCCACUGCACUUGAGAAAGCCCAGUGAGAUGCAUCCAUCAGAGCUGCCAAGGCCCAUGUCUCAGGGUCACCUGGGAACAUUUCAUGUCAAAUGCCACACACCAUGGGAACUCCGGUGGACUUCCUUCACAUAGUACACAGAUUUUUAUAGUAUAUAAAGAUUUGUGAU